AUGGCCGUGAUACUGAUUACUGGCGCUAACUCCGGCAUUGGCGAGGCGGUAGCCAAUCAGCUGGCCAAACAACCCAACCACCACAUCAUCAUUGCUGCACGAAGCCCAGAGGCCGGUUCCAAGGUUGCGGCGGAUCUCGUAACCGCGGGUCACUCAGCAUCUUCAGUCCAGUUGGAUCUUACCUCAGAUGAUUCCAUCACGAAAGCUGUUAAGCAGAUCCAAGACGCUCACGGCAAGCUAGACAUUCUCGUCAACAAUGCCGGCGGCGGUUUUGACCAGGUGCCGGGCCUGACCACGCGCGAAAUAUUCACUCGGAACUUCGACCUUAACGUCACCGGCACGGCAAUUCUCACAGACGCUCUCCUGCCCCUGCUCCGCAAGUCCACGGCGCCUCGGGUGGUUUUCGUCUCGUCACGCCUGGCUUCCAUCAGUCUGUCUUGUGACAAGACGUCCUUUUGGUACGAGUACGAUGCCAAGGGGUACAGCAGCAGCAAAGCCGCUUUGAAUAGGCUUGUCGUCCAUUACGCCCGCGUUCUAUCUGACGCAAGAGGGCUGGUCAACGCCGUGUGCCCGGGCUUUGUCAAGACGAAGCUUACCGACUUUGCUGACGGGGGAGUUACGCCUGAGCAGGGAGCUAAGAAGAUUGUGGAAAUGGCCUUGUUGGGUGAGAAUGGACCAACUGCAACUUUCACCAGUGAAGACGGUGCAUUGACAUGGUAG